AGAAAAAAAAAAAAACGUGAGUGCCACUCUGUCCCUAUCCCAUUUGGCCCUAAUUAGUCCAACUAGUAAAUAACACUACAGCCUUCAGUUAGUGCUAAUUCUACUUUAUUACCAAAAAAGUAGUGACUUGUCCCGCCGGGUUUUUAGUUUAUUGCUUGUAAAUCAUUCGUUUAUAUAUAAAUCCACAUUACUGUUAAGUUGCUGCUCCAAGUUCCUCUUGAGCACAGUGUACUUUGAACUUCUACCAUAUUUAAUUCCUUGUGCACAGUGUGUGAGAUAAAACUUGAAAUUUGCAAGGAAGAGGAACAGAGUUUUUGUGGAUCGGUGAGAAAUGGGGGUGGAUCCGAGACAAAUAGUGGCUGCUAUUCUUACUGUUACUAUGUUCGUAAUGCUUGGCAAUAUGAUCACCAGGGACCACUUUGCUUCACUUCCUGUGGAUUCUGAUAUAUCUAUCCAUAGUACCAGUAAGCAGAGCCUGGAAAAUGGCCCUUGGAUACGGGAUGGUGCAUCCCUAAAGCCUUGUUGGACUAAACCAGUUCCCCAAGCUGACCAAUCACAAGGAUUUGUUACCUUCUCUCUCACUAAUGGCCCUGAAUAUCAUGUCUCUCAGAUUGCUGAUGCCGUGAUAGUAGCGAGGUAUCUGCGUGCAACUCUUGUAAUCCCAGACAUCAGGGGAAGCAAACCUGGGGAUAAGAGGAACUUUGAAGACAUCUAUGAUGUAGAACACUUUGUGAGAAGCCUAGAUGGGGUGGUCAAAGUAGCAAAAACUCAGCCUACUGAAGUCUCAGCAAGAAAUCUUGCUGUCGUGAAGGUUCCAAAUAGGGUUUCUGAAGAUUAUAUUGCUGAAAACAUUGAGCCAGUUUUCACAUCUAAGGGGAACAUAAGGCUGGCAACAUACUUUCCUUCAGUGAACAUGAAAAAAAUGAAAGAGAAGAGCAAUAUCGACUCAAUUGCUUGUAUGGCGAUGUUUGGAACUCUAGAGCUUCAACCCGAAGUUAAUGAAGUAGUUGAAUCCAUGGUGGAGCGGUUAAGAACUUUGAGCGCAAAGUCAAAAGGACAGUUCAUUGCAGUGGAUCUGAGGGCUGAUAUAUUGGAGAGAAAGAGUUGCCAAGGAGACAGUGCUCUUAAAUCAAAGAGCUGCUAUGGUCCAGAGGAGAUAGGUAUGUUCUUGAGAAAAGUUGGUUUCAACAAGGAUACAACUCUAUAUCUGACUCAAUCAAGGUGGGAUAGCAGCCUUGAUGCAUUGAAGGAUCUCUUUCCUAAAACAUAUACAAAGGAAAGCAUAAUGCCCAUUGACAAAAAGGCAAAAUUUCUCGUCUCAGAGUCUUCUGAACUGGAGAAAGUAAUCAACUUCUACAUGUGUUCUGAGAGUGAUAUUUUCGUACCAGCCAUCUCAGGCCUCUUUUAUGCCAAUGUGGCUGGUAAGAGAAUCGCUUCUGGGAAGACACAGAUACUUGUUCCGGCUGAUAUUCCUGGUUCUUCUGCUGCUUUAACAGAUCACAUAUCCCAUUAUGUUUCAAAAAAGAACCACUUCGCCUAUUCAUGUUUCUGCUAGCUCGCUGUGGAGAAAGGCUGAUAAUGCAGAUUGUUGAGAUGGGUUUUCUACUACAUAUUCCUUGCGCUUUUAUUUGUAAGCCACGCAGGUUUGGUUCAUAGAAUUAGGCCAACUAUUUAUAGAGGUCUUGGUGGAAAAGAUUAGGCCCCAAACAGUCGAAUGUUGUUGAAUUUAGUAUUCGUAGAACAGAUCCUUUACAUGCCAGUAUAUAUACUUGUUUUAGACGAGAACUCUUGGCUCUUCAAAUUUUGUUAUGAUUGUUGUCAAUUCUAUUCCAAUCAAUGGGGUAUUUGCUUCUAAAA